UUUGAGCGUGAGUGUAAGUGUGUGUGCGUGUGUGUGUGUGUGUGACGCAUUUAUUAAUAGCACUGGCGAAAAAAAGUGAAAAGUGAAACAGUCAUCCAUAGCGCUAUACUAACGCUCUACUUUCUGUCUCCCUUCCACACGUUAUCUUUGCAGAUCAAGUGAAACUUUAAAUACAACAACAGCUAGCAGCCUAAGCACUACAACAACACAAAAGCGCACUUAAGCCUAGCAUUAAGAAGCAUUCUACAACAACAAUUAGCUGUAAACUCAAAAUGCAUGGACACAAUCAUCAUCAGCAGCAGCAGCAACAACAGCAGCAGCAGCAGCAGCAGCAGCAGGUGCCGCAGCAGCCACAACAAAUGUCCGCCACAAUGAAGCUGGCUGGCAACCCACAUCCACAGCAGCAGCAGCAGCAACAAACACACAUAGCCAUACAGCAACAGCAUCCACAUCAUCCACAGCAUCCACAACAUCCACAACAUCCGCAUCAUCACGCAAAGCUGUUGCGACGCUCGCGCAGUCGCAGUCGCAGCCCCACGCCUGAUGGCACACAGGAUUAUGAUGUGACGCGCAUGCGCGAGGAGGAUUUCGAGCGUCUGGCCGUCUAUCUGGUGCCCGAUGUUCAGGCGGAACGCGGCCUGCCCAAUCGAGCGGACAAGACGCUGCCGCGCAGCCUAACGCUCAAAUCCUCCAUGGUCUACUCAACGCCAAAUGUAAAGACUGAAGGAGUUUGGAGCAGCGGCGUCAUACCGCGUGGCACACGCUUUGGCCCUUUCGAAGGCAUUCCAACCUCUAACUAUCCGAACGAUAAGAACAAGGCGCGCUAUUUCUGGCGGGUGCAGGGAACACGCCACAUAACCUACGGGAAUAUUAAGAUAUUCAAGGACGAUGAUUAUUAUUAUCUGGAUGGCUCGGAUCGUUCGCAAUCGAAUUGGAUGCGCUAUGUGGCCUCGGCAUACAGCUUAUCGGUCAUGAAUCUGGUGGCGUGCCAGCAUCAGGAGAACAUCUAUUUCUAUACCACCCGCGACAUAUUGCCCAACGAGGAGCUGAUGGUCUGGUACUGCAAAGACUUUGCCAGCCGUUUGGGCUACGAUGUGGAUCCCGAGCGCACCAUAUUCGGCGCCUGCAAGCAGGACGUCGAUGUCGAGGAGGAUGAGGAUGAUGAGCUGCCGCACAAGAAGCCGCAUUAUGCAAUGGCCGCGCCCGAAAUACCCGCCGAGGUGGCCGUUAGUCACAUCACCUAUGUGAUGGGUCUGCAUUUGCCAGGUGCGCCGCCAGCGGCAGCUGCGCCAUCGCCCGCCGGCCAAUGCUGUCGUCGUGCCAGUCCACCAGCCCAUGUCAGCACCACCACCACCACCAGCAAUAGCAACAAUAACAACAACAGCAGCAGCGGCAACAACAACGGAAGCUCAAGCUCGUUGCAUCCGCAUAUACAGCACGGCCGGCACGCGUCCGUCAUCAUUGGUCAGGAUCGUUCGCCGCUGAACAGCAGCUGCGACAAAGAGACGGUAGGAUCACCGCUGUGCGUCAAGGAUGCUCAUUAUGAGCAUCAGUUGACGCCGCAGGAUGGCAGCGUGCGUUCGGUGCGAUCCGAUGAGGGCUACCACAGCAACGAGUGCCAGGAGGAUGGCCUCACGCCACCGGAGGAUUCCAGCGACAGCGAAAGCGAGCACAACUAUGUGCUGGACUGCUCCAAGAAGGCCAUUGCGCCCAAGGAGACGGUCAUUGCGCAGGCGCAGAAGCCCAGCAGUGUCACACCGCCAGCCACCACGCCCACCGCCGCCACGCCAAGCUGUGAGGCCGAUAAGAACGAAUACCGCAAGUUCAAGGUGAAGAUGCCGCUGAAGUACGAGUUCAAGAACAAGAGCUGUGUCAAAACGGAGCCACUGAAGGAUGUGGAUGAGCAUCUGCCGUUAGCUGGUGUCAGCUUGGAGGAGGAGGAUCUGCACGAGCUGCAUGUAGCGGCGGCAGUGCAUUCCGAGGACUCGCUGUGUCCACCCAGCACGACCACAACGCUCGGUGAGGAGCAGCAUUUGCAGCAUCUGGAGCCAACCAACACACAGCCCGCCUCCUCGACGGUCAUUGUGCUGGAACACAAUUCCGGUGGCCAGACGCGCACCAUUGUGCCGCUGAGCAAGCCCUACUAUGAGGCCGAUCCGCCUGGUGAGCGCUAUGUGCGCUUCACGCAGCCCAGUUCCAGCAUACUGGAGACCAUUUUAACCAGCCAGCAUCGCUUGGAGGCAGCGGCCGCGGCAGCCAAUGCUUGCCGGCAGGCGAAUGCAGCAACGCCGCCGCCCACAUCGCCCACGGAGAUGGCGUACAGUUACAAGAAAUCGCAGCGCUAUGGCAAUGCAGUUAGUCCCGAUUCCAGCUCAAAUCUGGGUCAGCCCCAGGAGCUGGCUGGUGGACAUGUUGUGAGCGAGCAGGAGCUGGGCCUAAGCCGCAGUGCACUGAUCAAAGGCGAGUGCUCGCCGCCACCUGCCGCCUCGCAUCUACAUCACAAUGUCAUCUACUCGCCCUCGAGGACUCACCAUGCCGCCUACGAGCCGGGCAGCCAUUCGCCCAGCUAUGCUGGCUAUGCGGGCUAUCCGGGAGCGCAAUCGUUGCAUGCAGCCACCUCCACGUUCCACUCGCCGCCGCACAGCUCGCAUUCGCCCUUCGACCGCCAGUCGAAUGCGUCCAGUGGUGGAGGUUCCGCCUCCAAUUUGCAUCUGCUCCAGAGCAGCACGCAAAUGCUUAACCAUCCGCUGAUGCAGCCGCUGACGCCGCUGCAACGUCUCUCCCCGCUUCGCAUCUCGCCGCCCAGCAGUCUCAGCCCCGAUGGCAACUCAUGUCCGCGCAGCGGUAGCCCCUUGAGUCCCAAUUCAUUGGCCUCCCGCGGCUAUCGCUCACUGCCAUAUCCGCUAAAGAAGAAGGAUGGCAAGAUGCACUAUGAGUGCAAUGUCUGCUGCAAGACCUUCGGCCAGCUGAGCAAUCUCAAGGUGCAUCUGCGCACUCACUCCGGCGAGCGGCCGUUCAAGUGCAACGUCUGCACCAAGAGCUUCACCCAGCUGGCGCAUCUGCAGAAGCAUCAUCUGGUGCAUACGGGCGAGAAACCACAUCAGUGCGACAUCUGCAAGAAGCGCUUCUCCAGCACGUCCAAUCUGAAGACGCAUCUGCGCCUGCACAGCGGCCAGAAGCCCUACGCCUGCGAUCUCUGCCCGCAAAAGUUUACGCAGUUUGUCCAUCUGAAGCUGCACAAGCGUCUGCACACGAAUGAUCGGCCCUAUGUGUGCCAGGGCUGUGAUAAGAAGUACAUCAGCGCCUCCGGUCUGCGCACGCACUGGAAGACUACCAGCUGCAAGCCAAACAAUCUGGAGGAGGAGCUGGCCAUGGCGGCGGCAGCGACAUCUGAGUGUUUGGACAAAGAUUUGCCUGAGCCGGACUCACGUGAGGCCUACGAGCAGCUGCAGCAGCACAUGCAUCCGGUGCAUCCGAGCUUGCGUCAUUUGACUGGCGCCCAGUCACCUCCGCGUCUCAUUCCAUUGGGCAGCAACGGACAGCCCCACAUGCAUAUGCAGCAGCUGCAGGGACAUCAGCCGCAUCAGCCCAGCAAUGCGCCGCCGGGACACCUAAUGCUGCCGCAGCAUUCGCCGCACAGCGGGCCGCCCAUGCUGCUGACCACAGCCAAUCAGCUGCCACCACCCACAGCGCCCCACCACAUGCAACAGCAGCCGCCACAGGCUUCGCCCAACCGACAGCCGCCCACACAUCAGCAACAGCAGCAGCAGCAGCAUUUGGGACCGACUCAUCAUCUGGCGCAGCACUCGCCAAAGUCGCUGAAGCCGCUGCCCGAUACGGGCUAUAUGCAUGGGCCACAUGUCCAGGCGCAGGAGAAUCGACCCUCGGUCAUCGAGUCCUCCAGCCAGCCGAUGAUAAUUAAGUGCACGUAGAGCGAGCGGGGCCACAUUCAAAAACUGUAAAUUGAAGUGCAAUAUACAACAACACGUAGAAGUUAAGAUCAAGAGAGAAACCAACCCGAACGGAAGCGGACAGACGUUACCUAACUGCAGCACAAGCAUACAUAACGGUAUUAUUAUUAGAUUGUACAUAGGCAGGCGGGCCCAAAAAACAAAACAACACAACAAAAAAACAAA